AUGAUUCUCUCAGUGCUUCUCUCGCCGUAUGCCCUCGUCGCUGCCAUUAUCCUAUAUUACCUCGUUCCUUACCUGCAGAGAUGGAGACUACGGGAUAUACCUUCCGCUGGAGGGGGUUUGGCAGCGUUCACUAAUCUGUGGUUGUUGUACCAGGCGCGUAAAGGUCGACGGUACCUGGCCGUCGACGAGGCGCAUAAGAAGUAUGGAAAAAUGGUCCGGAUCCAACCAAACCACGUCUCUGUAGCAGACGAUGCUGCCAUCAAUGCCAUCUACGGGCAUGGGAAUGGGUUUCUGAAGACCGAGUUCUACGACGCCUUCGUCUCCAUCCGGCGCGGGCUGUUCAACACCAGAGACAGAGCAGAACAUACCCGCAAGCGGAAGAUCGUAUCGCACACCUUCAGCGCAAAGUCCGUCGGCCAGUUCGAGGAGUACAUCCAUGCUAACAUUGAGCUGUUCGUGAAGCAGUGGACGCGACUGUCCGAUGGCGCAAAGGCCACCAACGGCUACGCGUCCAUCGAUGCCCUCAACUGGUUCAAUUAUCUUGCCUUCGAUGUCAUCGGGGAUCUUGCCUUCGGCGCCCCUUUCGGCAUGCUCGCGUCUGGCAGGGACAUGGCGGAAAUCCGGAUGUCAGGAGACUCGAAAUCCCCACCGUCGUAUGUACAGGCCGUCGAGGUGCUGAAUCGCCGUGGCGAGGUAUCUGCUGCGCUGGGAUGCUUACCGGUUCUGAAGCCAUUCGCUAAGUAUCUCCCCGACCGAUUCUUCCGCGACGGGAUCCAAGCUGUCGAGCACUUGGCUGGGAUUGCCAUCGCACGAGUCAGCGAGCGAGUGAAGCCCGAAGUCAUGGAGAAGAACACGCGCGUCGACCUCCUGGCUAGGUUGAUGGAAGGGAAAGAUGCCAACGGUAAUAAAAUGGGCCGCGAAGAACUUACUGCUGAGGCUUUGACGCAACUGAUCGCCGGAUCGGACACAACGUCCAACACGGCCUGCGCUGCCUUGUACUGGGUAUUGAAAACGCCUGGUGUCCUCCAGAAACUACGAAUGGUCCUGGAUGAAAGCAUCCCUGCCGAUGUCGAAGUCCCCAGUUUUGCUAUGGUGAAAGAUAUUCCUUAUGUGCAAUGGACCCUCUACGAGGUAAUGCGUAUGCAUAACACCUCAUCUCUCGGACUCCCUCGCCAGAUCCCACCCGGCAAGCCCCCGGUUUCCAUCUGCGGCCACACAUUUUACCCCGGUGACAUCCUGUCCGUACCAACAUACACCAUCCACCGCUCGCGCGAGAUCUGGGGCCCCGAUGCAGAAUCCUUUGUUCCAGAACGCUGGGCUCCAGAACGACUGACAAGUCGUCAGAAGGCGGCUUUCAUCCCGUUCAGCACGGGGCCGAGGUCCUGCGUCGGUCGAAACGUGGCUGAGAUGGAACUUACUGUGGUCUUUGGAACGGUCUUCCGGUUGUUUGAAUUUGCAUCUCCCGUUGCCCUGAAGAUGGAUACGAGAGAGGGGUUCCUGAGGAAGCCUCUGGGGUUGGAAGUGGGUAUGAAGAGGAGAGAGAAGUAUCGCCGGUAG